AUGUUUACAGAUUAUCUCUACAUUCUACUGAUUCUAACCACCGCCGAUGACCUGGACUUCGAGCCUGCUCCUGCUCCUGCUCCCCAGCGUUUGGCCUGCAACGCCCAGACCGACGCCAGCUCCUGCAACAACCAGUCGAGCUCACCGGUCCCUUCGGCCAGCACCGCUCAUGGAUCCCCUGUCCUUGUCUCUUCAACCGACAACUCCGCCGCACCGACCCCCAACAUCAGCAACAAAACCUCUCGAGCUUCACAGUCUAGCCCGGGAAGCAAAACCUCUUCCCCACCCCUGGUGAGACGUCCCUGCCGCCAACGUCAGCGCCGCUGGAGCCCUAUCUCCACAGAUAGCCCACUGUGUACCACUGACACCUCGGCUCUCGACGCUACCACCACCGAGGCCACCACUCCAACGCCUCAGCUAGAGACCUUCAACCAUACCACUGCUGCAGAGGACCACCUGGUGCCUCCCCCACCCAGCACACUAGAGGAUAACAUCCAACCACAGGUAGGUAGCCAGACUGACCAACCAUCCACCAACAGCUCAACGGCGGCUCCUCCCCCGUGGGUCAUCGCUUGGAGAGAUCACUUCGACUGUGCCCUCGACAUUGACAUGCUCGAGGUCAUGGUCAGCAAUCUCACCCACCUCGCACAAAGCAUGGCACCACAACGGCACGUCACACGGAACAGCCACCAGCAACACCGACGACAGCCGAGACCCCAACGCUCAGGCAACAACCAGCGGCCUAACAACUAUGACGCCGCAGAGGCCAGUAGAAUACAAAGACUCUACUGUGCCAACAAAGGAAAGGCAUUCAAGGAAAUCACCCGGGGUCCCAGCCGAUUCUGCAACAUCAACAAGGCUACGCUGACCGAGCACUUCACCAACACCAACAGUUGCCGUCGUAUCCCACAAGAGCCGUUUGCAGCCUCUCUACCACCAGGCCCACUGCCCACAUCCAACGACCCACUCUGUGGCGCCUUUACACCCGCCGAAGUUGCCAAAAGAUUUGCUAAAUGCCGCAACACAACCGCCGAGCCUGACGGCAUCAGAUACUACGUCUGGCGACGCCUCGAUCCUCAGGAGCACAUACUCUCCGCUCUGUUCAACGCUGUCUUAAGGAUUGGUGCAACACCCACCACGUGGAAAACAUCCACAACGAUCCUCCUCCAUAAAAAGGGCAACAGGGACAACAUCGCGAACUGGAAACCCAUUGCCCUGGCCAACAUACUGGGGAAACUCUAUUCUGCAUGCAUCACCAGCCGCCUCCUGCGCUGGUGCGAAAAAAGCGACAUCAUCUCUGCAGUGCAGAAGGGUUUCAAGAGAUAUAACGGCUGUUCAGAGCACAACUUCAACCUACAGUCAGCCAUCCAAGACGCCAGGCGCAAAAAUCAUGGGUGCCAUAUGAGAGCCGAAGGCAUUGGCAUGGCUUGA